UAAUCUGUAAAAUUUUGUACACACACGCGACGGAUGGACCUUAAAAUUAUUAAAAUAUCAUCAGACAAUAACAAAGUAUAUCGAAUUAGUAUAUUAUCCUAAUAGGUGUUCGUACGUUUUUGAAGAUGAUACAUAUGUAUUCCAGGAUUCAAAAAUGUACUUAUAUAAAUAAUAUACGAGGUACUACCCGCAAUUUGGCUAAGACGUAUCGAACCCCGAAAAAGAGUUUCACCGGUCAUGACUUCGGAAACUCAGAACUUUCAUCAUCUUGGUAUAUGCAUCGGUACAUGCAUUUGAGAGUAUAUGGUGCAUUAAGUAGUCUACAAUUUAAUAUAUGUAGGAAGAAUUGUAAUGAAGUAUAUAAGGAAAGGUUUUCAAAUGAAGGAUAUAUUAAUCAGUGCAAUAGUUUACGAAGAGCUUCUGUACUAACCUCAAGAAAUUUUAUCUCGCAGUCUCAGUUGUUAGAUUUUAUUCCUGUUUUACAUGUAAGGCAAUUUCAUAUAUCUAGUGUGAGUUUUAAAGACUUGGCAGAACCUGAGUCCAAGGUUGAGCAAGCAGUCAAAGCUCUGAGGGAGAAAAAGAAAGAGCAAAUCACUAAACAGCAUGAACCACCUCAAGUUGUUGAAAUUAAAAAACCAGUGCAGAAGUCUCUCUGGGUUCGAGUGAAAGAUGAAGUGGUUCAUUAUUAUCAUGGCUUCCGUCUGUUAGGAAUUGACAUAGCAAUCGCAUUCAGAAUGCUUCGACAGAUUCUGAAUGGGAACUCACUUUCAAGAAGGGAAUAUAAACAGUUUACCAGGACAGUAUCUGACAUGUUCCGGCUAGUUCCUUUCCUGGUGUUCAUCAUCAUCCCAUUCAUGGAAUUCUUACUUCCAGUUGCUCUUAAACUUUUCCCAAGCAUGCUUCCCAGUACUUUUCAAGACAAGUCUAAAAAGGAAGAAAAACUGAAGAAAGAGUUGAAGGUGAAGUUGGAGAUGGCAAAGUUUCUUCAGGAUACAAUUGAGGAGACUGCCGUCCACAAGAAAGUUGCAACAGAAAGUCAGAGCGCUCAAAACUUUGGAUCAUUCAUAGAGAAGAUCCGUGCUAGUGGAGAACAAGCUACAAAUGAAGAGAUUCUGAAAUACUCUAAACUGUUUGAAGAUGAAUUGACCCUGGAUAAUCUACCUCGAAAUCAGCUUGUUGCCUUGUGCAAGUUGCUGAUGCUACAGCCAUACGGGACCAACAACUUCUUACGAUUCCAACUUCGGCUAAAGCUCAGGACGUUGAUGGCAGAUGAUAAGAUGAUCCAAAAAGAAGGAAUCGACGGUUUGACUAUCGCGGAGAUGCAGAGUGCAUGUCAGUCGAGAGGUAUGAGGGCGCUUGGACUUCCUGCUGAAAGAUUAAAGUCACAAUUACAACAGUGGUUGGAUCUUCACCUUAAUGAGCAGAUCCCAACCUCACUGCUGCUGUUGUCCAGAGCUCUGUACCUACCGGAAGAACUGCCGACAGCUCAGCAGUUGCAGAAGACCAUCGCUUCUCUCACAGACUCUGCGACUGAAGAGGCAAAGGUGAAGUUAGCUGAAGUAGAAGGCGAGAAGAUCGACAACACAACAAGGUUGAAUAUCAUCAAGAAAGAGGAGGCAGAAAUAUUGAAGGAGAAAGAAGACAAGAAAAAGGAAGAGCUAGAGGACAAGGAAGAAAUUGAAAAGAAGAAGGCCAGGUUAGAGGCUGAAGAGUUGGCUGAUAAAGCACCUGUACUUGAGAUGACUGGAAAAGAAAUGUCAAUUGAAGAAGAAAUAGAGGAAGUAACAAAAGAGGAGUUCAAGGAGUUGAAUGAAGUGAUCAAUCUGAUUGCUGAAGAGAAGGAAAAGCUGAGCCAUGAGAAGGAAGAUCUGGAAGAACUAAGGGAGGAUAUUGCAGAGUACAAGGAGGAUGUUGAGGAAUUGAAAACCGAAAUGGCUGCCGAGGCACCAUCAACUGUCAUCGUUGAGUCAAAGGCAAGCAUCAGACUGGGCAAGCGAAUUGAACGAAUGGUGAACCGUAUUGACAAGAUUGUGGAAGAGGUGGGGAAGGGUAAGGACGAACUCAUGGAGGACAUCGCAAAACAGGAUCAGCUUGGGGAAGAGGAUUCAGAUACUGAAAAAUUGAUUAGAGAUAAGAAACAACUUCUGCGUAUUGAGGAAUUUGAGGAGGCCAUGCGCAAGUUCAGCAACUUGUCAGAUGAAGUGAAGUUUCGCCAGCUCGCUGAAUUAUUGGACAAAGAUUCUGAUGGUAUCCUUGACAUCCAAGAUGUUCAAAAGGUCAUUGAAUUCAUCACACAAGCAGAUGUUGAUUUGUCACCAAAACAAAUUGAUGAAAUCAUCAAUAUGCUGUCAAAAGAAGAGCGAUUGGAGGAAUCUGAGAAGACAAGUAGUUGAGUCUGUCUUUAAACUUAUGUGAUUGUAUUCUUUUCAGCACAAUAUACAAUAAAAUAUAGUGAAUAGAGGCAAUAAAAGCUUUUGUAACAAUUGCUGUCUGCCAAGGAAUUUUUUUUUUCAAAAGUAUGUACAUGUAACUAAUUUAAAUCCUUAUGAUUUCUGAACUAGGCUUUCUUUACACAUUUGAAAUGUAAAGAUAUAAAAUAGAUGUUUUAUUUAAUUGCAUCCAUACAAUUGACUGUAUUUGUUUUGUAGUGAAUCACAUGAUUUUAAGUUUGGUAUGUACAUCUGCACUGGUGGUAAUUGAAAAUAAUAUAAUUUGUCGAAAUUACAACACUAAUCUGUUGAUGCUACUGAACUCUGUUCCGAUUUGUUUUGUUUUAGUGACGUGUUAUGCAUAGUGUGUGCACUCCCUCGAAAAAAAAAAACGUGGUUUACCCACUUUGAAAUUUUGAAGCAAAAAAAUUAUGCUAAAUACUGUAGUUAAAAAUCACCUGGUACCACCUUAUUUUCGCUACUGGUUAUCCAGUAGCUUGUUUCAGUUUGUAGGAUUCAAUGCACGUUAUAAAAAAAUUAUCUAUGCAUUUGAAAUCCAUUAUACCUCCAAAUAGGGAUGAGAUUUCUAUUAAAGUAUUUAUAUUAUUUCAUUAUGGCAGAUAUCUGAUGUAAUAAUUAUUGUCAAUGAUAUAAGUAGUUUGAUUGAUUUUUGAUAUUUAUAAAUCUAUAGGAGUAUGCUAUUCAAGGUGCUGAAUGUUGAGAGUGAUGGCAAAUCAAUUUCAUGAAGUUAUUUUCAAAGUUUCAAAUCACUGAGGUAUUGUAGGGAAAGAAAUCGGUAUAAAGAUUGGAUUGAAUAUUGCCAGAAAUUGUAAUUAUACAUUAUUGUAUAUACUAUAGUGAAAUAUUACAAUAUCAGAAAUAAAAUGUGAAUAUUUGAA